AUGGAUUUCAUCAAGAAAGCAGGUGAUUCCCUCGGCGGCGGAGAAAACAAUCAGCAGCAAGGCCAAGGCGGCGAUCAGGGCAAGCAAGAAGGAGGCGGUGGCUUCCUUGGCGGCAUCGGUAACAAGUUGAAUGAGGCUGGAGGUGGCGGAAAGGAGAGCGAGAAAAACGAAGACGGUCUCGACAAAGGUGUGGACUUUGUCCAAGAGAAGUUCAUGGGCCAGGGCGAUCAGAGCAAUGAGUCAGCUGUCGAGCAAGCGAAGGAUGAGAAGAUUAGCGACUUCAUCCGUGACAAGUACAAGAGCACCACGGGCAGCGACGUUCCGAUCGAGGACAAGCCCACCAAAUUCAGCUAA